AUGCCACUGCCAUCGCUUUCGAUAUCAGAUCUCAAAGGUAAGGCACUCCAGGCCAAGGAUUACAGCACAGCUCGGAUCUCUCGCCUCUCCAGUCCCGCUACCAAGAACCUGAGUUGGGACACCUCGAAGCCUCCUCCGCCCCCGCCUCCACUCAAGAAGCCGGAGAAGAUCGUCCAUGCGAAUGCCCAACCUCCACCGCCGGCCCAUCCGAGCUCCCGACCAUCAUCACUCGAUAUUACGAGACCCACUGUCACGGUACACGCAAGGACACCCAGCAAUCUCAAGGAGUCCACCCCCGCUCCCUCUCCAGCCCGCGCUGUACCUGUGAGACCGCCACCUGUCUCCCGGCGGGAAACACGCCCGGACAGUGCGACCUCUCCCAGCUUGUCGCGAUCGCAGUCAAUUCAGAGCGACCGGCAGAGAGAGGUGGACAGGAUCGACUGGACCAAUCUAUCCGCAGAGGACAAGCAGGUGUUCUUCAGCUGGCUGGAUGAGUUCUUUGAGCGGUAUCUUAACAGGCCUAUACUGGCGAAGAACCCUCAAGACGCCGUCGAGAAUGAGGAGGAUCCACCUUCUGUGCAAUCCAUAUCUGCAAGUGCGGCUCGGGCUCCUGCGCGCCCAGCGCCUCCAAGUGCAUCUCCGGCCAAUACACGACCGCCCGCGAUUAGCAUGUCUACUCGGCCUAAACAACCAUCGCCCCAACCUUCCGCUUAUGACGGAUCCAGCGAUGCACUGACAUCGUACCCUGCACCGACACUGACAGGCUGUGCGGCCCUCGAUCUGGCCCAGUACUUCACGCCUUCCACACACUGGGACUCCUCGUGGUACACGAACACCAGCCCGAUGCCCCCACCGUUGCAAGGGAAUGGUGAGAUCGCAUUCACCGCGGCGUGGGAGAUGCACGGCAGCUCCAAGACGCUCUACGCCGGCGUGAUCUUCGCGGAUCUGAGCAUGUGCUGGUUCUCUGUGCAGUUCUCCACGAGCACACAGUCGGAUCCGAACGACUCCCGCGGUGUGAGGCGCGGCGCGCAAUACCUCCCGUGCCCUGCGGCGAUGGACCAUGCGGCACUCGUGGAGGCGCACGAGACAUAUGGAGAGACGGUCGCGGGGUUCGCGGAGAGCUUCGAGGGAACAGGCGAGUUCUGCGGACGUGGGGAGUGCUGGGACCUUGCGGACGGCGCGCUCAAAUACUUUGACCAAUUUGACUACGUCCCGAAGCCGGUGCCGAGCAUCUCGCGCACGCACGGGCACCUGAUGUUCGAGGGGAAGGUGGCGGACAAGGGGCGCGUGCAGGUGGGUCGCUGGCGGGGCGGUGACGAUCGCGUGCGUAGGGGAGACAUCGUUGAGUGGCGCAGUGCGCGGCUCGCGAUGGGUCGCGGCGGUUCUGCGAUUCUUGGGAACCCGGACCACACUGCCGUGAUCGUGAGCGACGCGGUGCCUACGUGUGCCGUUGGCGAUGGGAUGAGUGUGACGCCUUCUGGUUUGGGGACGCUCGAGGUAGUGGAGCAGAGCGUGGGCAACCCCCCUGCGAGAGCACUCUACAAUUUGGGAGGGCUCGAGGAGGGGGAGAUUUGGAUCUACAGACCGGUGGGUAUGUUGGAGUACGUCGGUACUUUACUCGAGGCCAAAUGUCCUGAGACUGUGUCUGCUCGGAGUGUAUGA